UCACUCAUAGUGAUGAGAUCCGCUUAAUAGCAAGUAAAAUGAAGCAUCGUGGGAAUCAAAUCUAUGUGGAACUUCAAGAAAAGCUAAAUAACUUACAAAAGAGCUUUUAUGAAGAGGUGCAAAAGUUUGUUGAUGGAGAUUUCCCGGAGAAUCUUGUACAAGAGCGUCGGCUAGAGCUUGAAAAUUUUUGUAGAAAAAAAUUUCUUAAUUAUACUCAAGCGCAGUUAGAAAUGUCCGCCAAUAAAUUCAAAUACCGUUUACCAAUGAAGGGUGACUAUCUCGAAUUUGAAUGGUCUGCCGUAUUAGAGCAAAGCGAGAGAAUGUACUUGAACCUUGUUAAUUCUUUCAAUGAUAAUUCAUCUCCAGACGAGUUACGUACUUCAGCAUCUUCACAUUUGGAAUCGAUAAAAAAAAUCAAUAAUGAUGCUUGGGAAAAUAAAGCUAGAACGUUCUGCCAACAUGCCGUAAAGGAGUUUGAGAGUGUUAUUGCUACUAACUUUCCGGUUAAUGAUAAGAAA